AUGAGUGAUAUUAAAUUUGUUGUUGAUUCUCAGUAUUGCAGAAAUUCAUCUUUAGUUAAAUAUGGAAGUGAUUUUUGUUUCGUUAUCAAUGGUCAUCGAUUUUAUACAACGCAAUCACACGCAGUUGUUGUAAGUGAAACAGUUCGAAACAUGUUGAUUACAGAUAAUAGUACACAAGAGAUUAAUAUUAAUAUUGAUACUGAUAUUAAUAAUAAAGAUUCAUUUAAUAAAGCAUUAAACAUUUUUUGUAAGUUUGUUCAAGAAGGAUAUGUUUCAGAAAACAUCGACAUCGAAACAAGUGAAAUUAUUUAUGAUCUUGGUGUUCUUCUCAAGAACGAAGAUUUUAUUUCACAAUACAAAUUCAUUAUUUCAUCAACAAUUAUCAGUGAAUCAAACAUCGAAUCAUUCAUCAGAUACAGUCUUAAAACAUGUGAUUUCGAUAAAACAUGUUCAUUCAUCGCAUCUCAUAUCUCUUUUCUUGGACCUUCAAAACUUUGUCUUCUUUUUGAAUCUGUUUAUCAUUCUAUUGCAUCAUCGUAUUUUAACGAAAACAUCGAUGAUACUUUUAUUGAUUUUAUUUCAAAUAUUUUGAGUAACGAACAUGUUUUUGUCUACAACGAAGAUGAUAUCUGUGAUUUUGUUAUUUCAUUCAUCAAAACAUUUUCACCUUUAUUAUCAUUUUCAUCAUCAUUUUCAGAAACAUCAAAAAUAUCAAAUACAUCAAAUACAUCAAAAUUCGACAAACUGAUUGAAUUCAUCAGAUUCGAAUUCUGCACAAACGAAACAAUUUCUCGUUUUAUCAAAUUUUAUUCUUCAUUCAUCAACUCCUUUGAUCAAGAAAUGAAAACAGGAAAUAAAUCAAAUGACAAUAUUCAAAACGAAAAUGAAAUCUUCACUCAUUUAUUUGAAACAUUAAUGUUAUCAUCACAGAUAAAAGAUAUAGAACAAUUUGAUAAAAUUUCAACAACAGAUGAAAAUAUAAAUUCAUUUGAAAAAUAUUGGACUUCAAAUAAAAUCCUUUAUAUUUAUGAUAUAUUUGUAAAAUGUAGUCAAGAACGAGAUCUUUAUUCAAUCAAAUUUGCUGUUGAUAAUGGAUAUCAUAAAGUAUACUAUUUUGCUAAUAAUCUAAUUCAUUAUGCAGCAAAAUUAAAUAAUUUAUCUCUUGUUCAAGAUCUUAUUUCAUGUGGUGUUGAUCCUAAUAUGAGAAAUGAUGAUCUAAAAACACCACUCCAUUUUGCUUGUUAUUAUAAUUCAAUCAAUGUUGUCAAAUUUCUUCUUACGUUUAAUGAAAUUGAUAUUAAUGCACAAGAUAUAUGUGGAGAUACUCCUCUUCAUAAAGCAUGCAAUUAUAAUAAUGAAGAAAUUGUUAAAAUUCUCAUCAGAUUAAGAGGUAUUAAUAUUAACAUAAAGAAUAAUCAAGGUAAAAUCCCUAUUAAAAUGACUAGCAAUGAAAGAAUUCAUAAUCUACUUAUUAAAAAAUGA